AUGUCAACCCAAGAUGUUACCGAGUCUAAUUGUGUGGAUGAUGUUGAUUUUGUUCCUUCAACAAAUAUACAAGAAGUGCAAUCUCUUGAUAAUAGAAGUGAUGUGAAUGAGAGUAGAGGUAUAAAACGAAAGAAAACAUCUCCUGCAUGGAAUCAUUUUACAUUGCAAAAGAUUGAUGGUAAACUAAAAGCAGUUUACAAUCACUGUGGGAGGAAAUUAGUGGGAGAGAGUAGUAAGGGGACUAAACACUUACUUCUUCACACGGAAAGAUGUCCAGUAAGACAGAAACAACUUGCCAAGAAUCCUACCGCAAGCCCUUCAGUUACCUUCAAUCUUGAUCCUGAACUAGGAAGAAAAAAGUUGGCUGAAAUGAUCAUUCUACAUGAGUACCCUUUGUCGAUGGUAGAGCAUAGUGGUUUUAUAGACUAUUCGAAUACUAUUUCACCUAUGUUUCAAAUGGUGUCAAGGAAUACAAUUAGGUCUGAUAUUUUGAAAAUAUAUAAGAUUGAGAAAGAAAAAUUUCGAGAAGUUUUGGAGAAAAAUGAAAGUAGAAUAGCCUUAACCACUGAUAUGUGGACAACCAAUCAUCAAAAGAGGGGAUAUAUGGCUGUGGCAGCUCACUUUAUUGAUGACUCUUGGAAGUUGCAUAGUCAGAUUAUAAGCUUCAGAUAUGUGCCAUGCCCACAUGAUGCUCCAACACUUACAGAAACUCUAAGUUCUUGCAUGUCUGAAUGGAAUAUUGAACACAAGAUUAGUACAGUGACUGUAGAUAAUUGUACUACGAACGAUGCAAUGAUUCCACUUUUAAAGGAACAAUUUGAUUCUAAGUGUUUCCUUUUAAAUGGAAAGCUACUUCAUAUGCGUUGA